CUUUCAUGUUUAGAUGUUUGUUGUCCGAAUUUCUAUCUCUUUAUGAUUAAAAAUAAAAACAUUGAUUCUAUUUUGUCUUAAUAAAAAUAAAUAAAAUUUUUCUCCAUGACUUCGAUUCAUACACCUAGUCCAAAAUCACCGGAAAAUGAAAAAAGUAAACGUUAUGAUCGUCAGAUACGAUUGUGGGGCGAAAAUGGACAACAAGCUUUGGAAACAUCACAUGUUUGUUUGAUAAAUGCUAAUGUUGUUGGAACUGAAGUAUUAAAGAAUCUUGUAUUGCCCGGAAUUCGUGCAUUUACAAUUAUCGAUGAUCAAACCGUUAGCGAAGAUGAUGCCGAUAGUAAUUUUUUCCUUUCGGUAGAAGGAUCGAUUGGACAAUCAAGAGCCAAAGUUGCAGCAACAUUUCUUCUUGAAAUGAAUGAAGAUGUUAAGAAAGGAGAUUAUUUACAUGAAAAUUUCGAAACAUUAUUAGAUAAAGAUGUUAGCUAUUUUACCAAUUUCAGUUUAGUCAUUGCAUGUGGCAUCCGAGAUGAACGAUCAUUGAAUAGAUUAAGCCAGGAAAUGUGGUCAUUGAACAUACCAUUGUUAGUGGUCAAAUCUAUCGGUUUUCUGGGCUACAUUCGUCUUCAAGUACAAGAACAUUGUGUUCUUGAACCACAUCCCGAUAAUACACUUGAAGAUCUUCGAUUAACUGAACUAUUUCCAGAGCUUAGUUCCUAUUUUCAUUCUUUUCCAGCAUUUGAAGAUUCAACCAGACAAGAAUUGAGUCGGAUACCUUCUUUAGUGAUUAUCUACAAAAACCUUCUCCAAUGGCGUGUGAAAUAUCAGAAAAAUAUGAAUGAAAUUCCAAGAAAUCACCGUGAAAAAUCUGCUUUGAUAUCCAUGAUCAAAGAUGAAAUGUUUAAUUUGCAAGAAAGUAAUUCUUGUCAAUCAUUUACUGAUGAAUCUGGUGGUGCACGAAUGGAAUUGGAAAACUUUGAAGAAGCCUAUAAAUUAGUUAAUAAAAUAUUUUAUGAUUCACCUAAAAUACCGAAAAAUCUACAAACUCUUUUGGACGAAGCAAAACAACUAGAUAUGACAAUGUUGAAACAAAAAUCAUCAAAUUUAAAUUUCUGGAUCAUGAUGAAAGCCCUAAAUGAAUUCAUUGACCGUUAUGAUUGUUUGCCACUUAAAGGCAGUAUACCAGAUAUGAAUUCUGGUUCUGAACAUUAUGUUCGUUUACAGAAAUUAUAUAAAACCAAAGCUAGAGAAGAUGCACAAUGUUUAGCAAAAAUCAUUCAAGAUACAUUAAAAUGUUCGACUGUACCGGAUUCGGAUAUUCAAUUGUUUUGUAAAAAUGUUCGAUAUUUACGCAUCAUACGAACCAGUCCAAUAUAUCAGGAAUUGCAAAGUAAAGCAAUGCGUAAUCUGGUAACAUUGCGGUUACAAAAUGAUGAAGAAGAAUCCGAUUCAGAUGAAUUACGUUUCUACAUUCUUAUGCGUCUGAUCGAUCGUUUCUAUUCGAAACAUCGAAGAUUUCCCGGUCAAAACAUUGAUGAAGUUGAUAUUUCCGAAUUGAAGAGAGAAUUUAAAGAAUUUUGUCUUGAAGCUGGUUGUAGUAUUGUGAUCAAAGAUGAUCUCGUUCAUGAAAUUUGUCGAUAUGGUGGAUGUGAAUUACAUUCAAUCAGCGCAUUUAUCGGUGGUUGUGCCGCACAAGAAGCGAUCAAAAUAAUUACCUGUCAAUAUAUUCCUAUCGAUAAUACUUUUGUCUAUAAUGGUCUAUCAAGUACAACAUCAACUUACCAACUUUAAUUUUUUUAAAAAUUCUCCAUUUCAUUUUUUUAAAUGUUAUUUUCAAUAAACUUUUCUUUAUAAAGUAAUAAAUUGUACAUUUUUAUUGUAAAA